AUGCUGCUGGACGCCGGCCCGCAGUUCCCGGCCCUCGGCGUGGGCACCUUCGCCCGGCACCACCACUCGGCCGCGGCGGAGAUGCAGGACCGGGAGCUGAGCCUGGCGGCGCAGAACAGCUUCGUGGACUCGGCAGCGGCGCACAUGGGCGCCUUCAAGCUCAACGCCGGCGCCCACGACCUCUCCCCCGGGCAGAGCUCGGCGUUCACCUCGCAGGCGCCCGGUUAUCCCGCCGCCGCCCUGGGGCCCCACGCCGCCCAUGUCGGCUCCUACUCCGGGGCGCCCUUCAACUCCACACGGGACUUCUUGUUUCGCAGCCGGGGCUUCGGGGACUCGUCGCCGGCCGGCGGACAGCACGGCAUCUUCGGCCCUGCGGCCGGCAGCCUGCACCACCCGCACACGGACGCUCAGAGCCACCUCCUCUUCCCGGGCAUCCACGACCAGCACGGCCCCCACGCCUCCCAAAACGUCCUCAACGGACAGAUGCGACUGGGCUUGCCGGGGGAGGUAUUCGCCCGCUCGGAUCAGUACCGCCAGGUUUCCAGCCCCAGGACUGACCCUUACUCGGCGGCUCAGCUGCACAACCAGUAUGGCCCCAUGAAUAUGAAUAUGGGCAUGAACAUGGCAGCCCACCACCACCACCACCCAGGUGCCUUUUUCCGAUACAUGCGGCAGCAGUGCAUCAAGCAAGAGCUCAUUUGUAAGUGGAUCGACCCCGAGCAGCUGAACAACCCCAAAAAAAGUUGCAAUAAAACUUUCAGCACCAUGCACGAGUUGGUCACCCACGUCUCGGUGGAGCACGUUGGGGGACCCGAGCAGAGCAACCAUGUCUGCUACUGGGAGGAGUGUCCCCGCGAAGGCAAGCCCUUCAAAGCGAAAUACAAACUGGUCAAUCAUAUCCGAGUGCACACGGGAGAGAAACCCUUCCCCUGCCCCUUUCCUGGCUGCGGAAAAGUUUUCGCCAGAUCAGAAAAUCUCAAAAUUCACAAAAGGACGCACACAGGGGAGAAGCCCUUCCAGUGCGAGUUCGAAGGCUGCGACCGUCGCUUCGCCAACAGCAGCGACCGCAAGAAGCACAUGCACGUCCACACCUCGGAUAAGCCCUACCUGUGCAAGAUGUGCGACAAGUCCUACACGCACCCCAGCUCCCUGCGGAAACAUAUGAAGGUGCACGAGUCGUCCCCGCAAGGUUCCGAAUCCUCCCCGGCCGCCAGCUCCGGCUACGAGUCCUCCACCCCGCCGGGGCUGGUGUCCCCUAGCGCCGAGUCGCAGAACACCAGCAACCUCUCCCCGGCGGCGGCGGCAGCGGCAGCGGCGGCGGCCGUGUCCGCCGUGCACCGGGGCGGCGGCGGCGGCGGCAGCAGCGGCGGCGGCGGCCACAGCGGCCUCUCCUCCAACUUCAAUGAGUGGUACGUGUAG